AUGCAUUUUCAGGAGAACGGCAGGACGAUACUGCUCCGGGGCGUCAACUUGGCCGACGCAAAGUUUCCACAGGGCCGUCCAACAUAUCGUCUCGACUCCCUAGAUGAUGCGGCUAAUUGUUCAUACACUGGCGCGCCUUUGGGGCUAGAUGAGGCACCGUCCCAUCUGCGGAAGCUUCGGUAUCUAGGGUUCAAUAUACUACGACUGCCGGUGGUGUGGGAAGCUCUCGAGCAUGCUGGGCCGGGCAUAUACGAUGAUGAGUAUAUUGAGUAUAUUCGGAACCUGGUCCAAAUAUGCGUCGACCAUGGCUUCAAGGUUCUCAUCAACCCGCAUCAAGACCUCUGGUCGAGACAUGCUGGUGGGAGCGGCGCGCCGCUCUGGACGCUCCAUGCGUGCGGACUGGACCCGGACCACUUUGGGGACACGCAUGCUGCCAUUCGGUACUGCGAGUGGCCGCCUGACAGCAAGGACAAAGACCCAAAGGCCAUACCGCCCAUGAUGUGGACGACGAAUCACAACCGGCUGGCGUCAUCUACCCUUUUCGCCCUGUUCUUUGGCGGGAGGGACUUUGCGCCCAAGUGCCAGAUUGACGGCGUGAAUAUCCAGGACUACUUACAGCAGCAUUACUUUGCCGCGUACGCUCGACUGGCGGAGAAGUUGGGUGAUUUGCCGUUUGGUUAUGAUAGUAUGAAUGAACCAGAAGCUGGAUAUAUCGGCCUGAGUGACUUGGGCAAGAUGGAACGCGAUGACACGGCCAAGAUUGGAAGUACCCCCUUCCCAAUCGACUGUAUGCGACUGGGCAUGGGCAUGGCGCAGGAGGUGCAUGAGUACAGACUCGGCUCGACAGGACCCCACAAGACGGGAAAGAUGUCUAUCGAGCCGCGGACGUCUUGUUGGCUGAAGCAGGAAGACCCCAGAUGGAAGUGGCAACGUUCGCCAGACUGGCCGCUCCGCACGUGCGUCUGGGGUCUUCACGGUGUCUGGAAUCUCGAGACGGGCGAAUUGCUCAAGCCCGACUACUUUGCUCAACUCCCCGAACGGUCGCAUGCCGCAACACGGCACGAGAAUGAUGCAAAAGGCCAGCUUUCAUUCAUGUCGUCGUAUUGGCAGGAAUUUCACAAGCAAUGGUCUACAACAAUCCGUCAACACUCGUCAAGGCCUAUUAUAUUCAUCCAACCCAGCGUGUUUACGCCACCGCCACCCAAACAGGAUCCUCUCACCGCUUACAGCCCGCAUUUCUACGAUGGGUUGACCGUGAUGCAGCGACACUGGCACGAAAGAUGGAACGCCGAUGUGGUCGGCCUCCUCCGCGGACACUACAAGUCAAAGGUUUUCGGUCUUCGCCUCGGCAAGGAUAAUGUUCGGAAGAUUAUAUCGAGCCAGCUAGGUGAGUUGCGAAACGACCUCGAUCUCCCGACUCUGAUUGGGGAAACUGGAAUCCCUUUCAACUUGGAUGAUGCAAAGGCCUACCAGGACGGCGAUUAUACCGAACACAACAAAGCACUGGAUGCGAUUCUGAGCGGAUGUGAUGAUCAGCUUCUCAAUUAUACGCUUUGGGCCUACUCGGCGAUCAACAAUAACGAAUGGGGCGAUCAGUGGAACGGCGAGGACCUUUCGAUAUAUUGUCAAGAGACUGGGUCUUUCCCCAAGCAUCCCAUACUAUGUGGGUUUCGGGCAGCGGCAUCCUGGUGCCGACCAUAUGUGCAAUCUCUUGCGGGAAAUCCAGUGUCAAUGUCAUUUGACUUCAAGUCCAGCGCAUUCGCCUUGAAAAUCGAGUCGGAGGAACCGGGUGAUGCGCUCAUAUAUUUGCCAUGGCUACACUACCGGCAAUCUGAUGAGUCCGAGGAACUGGCCCUAGACGUCAAGACCUCGUUGGGAGAAUGGUCUGUCCAAGGCCAAUUAUUGACAUGGCAGUAUCCACGUGGAGGGGAAAUCGAGAUUAGGAGAGCUGAAAAGGCUCUGACGCCUGAGCAAUUGGGCACUCUUGUGAAAAGGUGA